AUUUAUUCAAUUUCUCCUCCAUCACUUCUGCUUCACGCUGUCCUUUCCAUUUCCACUAAACGGCUUCCUCUCCUCUCAACUACUACUCGUAACGGCUUCCGCCGGCAACAAUGGCGACGACGUCAACCGGCGGAGACUUGAAGGUCCGAUUAAUCAUAUCUCCAGCAAAACAACGAUUCCAAACAGCAUUUGGCACGAAACGUCUGUGGAAAGAGAUGUUCAAUCUACAUUCGAUUAAUCUUCCUCGCGGUUUAUCCGACGCAAUUUCGAGGAUCAAAACGAACGUCGGAUACUUUCGUAUGAAUUAUACGUUGUUUACGUUCAUGGUUUUGUUUCUAAGCUUGUUGUGGCAUCCGAUCUCGUUAAUGGCGUUGGCGAUUGCGUCCUGGUUGUUUUGCAACUUCAUCCUCCGUGACGAAUCUCUAGUGAUCUGUAACCGUACGAUUGAUGAUCGUGUUACCCUGGCCAUUUUAUCAGUUGUUACCUUCGUUUUGUUGCUUUUGGAUGAGGCUACGAUGAACAUAUUGUUGUCUGUUUCGAUCGGAAUGGCGGUUACGGUGGUUCAUACGGUGUUGAGGAAGACGGAGGAUUUGUGUUUGGAUGAAAACGACGUCGUGGAGGGCGCCGGAUACUUGCCGGCGAAGUUGCCGAUAGAGUGUAGCAUCAACACUCGAUUCCAGCCCUCGGUUUGUUAAUUUUCAGAUCUACAGAUCAGUUUUUUUGUUUGUGUCAGAAAAUGUGAGG